AUGGCCUGCGAUGGCGGCUGCCGGACGGACUGCGUGGAGCGGCCCCUGUCCCGCGCGCUGCGGGGCCUGGGCGGCUUGGUGGGCGCCCACCCGUGGCCCUUCCUGCUGCUUCCCGUGGCGCUCUCGGCCGCGCUGGGCUCCGGCUUCCACCUGCUGCCCAGCCGCGAGUCCAACGACAUCGAGGCGCAGUUCACGCCCCGCGGGGGGCCCGCCAAGAGCGAGCGGCGCCUGGUGCAGGAGCGCUUUCCGACGCGCGACGCCGAGCGCUUCUCGGCGCAGAGGCUGACCACCGAGGGCACCUUCGCCUCCUUCGUGGCGGUGGCCGCCGAGCCCAGCCACACGGUACUCACCCGGGCGGCCUUCGCCGAGCUGCUGGCGCUCGACGCGGCCGUGCGGGGCUUCAGCGCCGGCGGGCGCGCCUACGCGGAGGUCUGCGCGCUCCAGAACGGCUCCUGCAGCAGCCCCAACCCGCUGCUGAGCGCCGUCGGCGGCGACCCGGCGCGGAUCGAGGCGCUGCUGCCCGGCCUCACCUUCCCGCUCUGGCAAGGGCGCGUCUUCCUGGGCGUCUCCUUGGGGGGCGUCUCGGUGGGCACCGGUGCGGCCGACAACCGGAGCCGCCCCGUCCGGGCAGCUAAAGCUCUGCGCCUCUUCUAUUACUUGCGAGAAGAUGAUCCUGCGCAGCGAGAGGCCAGCUUGCGGUGGCUGAAGGCCUUCUUGGAGCGCAUCCCCAAGAUGCUGGACUCCUUGAACUUCACCUCCAUGCGGGUGGCCUAUUUUACCUCCAUAUCCAGACAAGAAGAGUUUGAAAAAAACGGCAAAGAAGUGGUUCCUCUGUUUUCCAUCACAUAUUUUUUAACAAUAUUCUUUUCAAUUAUAUCAUGUUCAAGGCUAGACUGCGUACGGACAAAAGUGUGGGUUGCAGCAUUUGGGGUACUGUCAUCGGGCUUGGCCGUGGUCAGCAGCUUUGGAUUAUUGCUCUUCUGUGGAGUGCCCUUUGUCAUUACCGUCGCAAACGCACCUUUUCUUAUACUUGGGGUCGGUGUUGAUGACAUGUUCAUCAUGGUGUCCUGCUGGCAACACACUAAAGUCAAGGACACAGUUGUGGAUCGGAUGGCUAACACCUACGCAGAGGCCGCUGUGUCUGUUACCAUCACAACUCUUACCGAUGUUUUAGCCUUCUACAUUGGCAUUGCGACGUCCUUCCCAUCAAUUCAGUCAUUUUGCAUCUACACAGGAACAGCUUUGGUUUUCUGCUAUAUAUACAACUUGACAUUCUUCGGGGCAGUUCUUGCUCUAAACGGUAGAAGAGAAGAAAGCAACAGACAUUGGCUCACAUUCAUGAAAGUGUCAAAUGAAUCUCAGGAUUCUCGUGGCUCUGCAUACAACAUGUGCUGUGUGGGAGGAUCUUACGAUGAGCCCACUGGGACAGAACUUGAGCAUCCUAUGAAUGGAUUCUUUAGAAAACAUUUUGGUCCUUUUCUUAUGCACACCUGGACUAAGGUGUUUGUGGUAGCCCUGUAUCUUGGGUACCUAGGUAGCAGUAUUUAUGGGUGCACUCGGGUUAAGGAAGGAAUAGAUCUUAGACAUUUAGCCAAAGAUAGUUCUUACGUUGUUCAGUAUUAUAAUUGGGAAGAUGAGUAUUUUAAAGAGUAUGGCCCAAGGGUUAUGGUCAUUGUUACUAAAAGUAUACCAUAUUGGAAUUCAGCUGUUCGUGCAGAUCUUGAGAACUGCAUAGAGUUGCUAGAAAACUCAACCUAUGUUGACAAAUAUUUAUCAGAGGCAUGGUUGAGAAUGUAUGUAAUGAUUGCUAACAGAAUGUCUCUAAAUAUAGAUUACCGUAGCUCUUUCAUUGGUAAUUUAUCUGUCCUGUUCAGAGUAAAUCCAGAGUCCCAGUGGGAUGUUAAUUUUACCAACCUGGAAAUAUCAGCUUCACGAUUUUUCAUACAGACAGUCAAUGUCACUACUGCAGUCGAUGAGAGAAAUCUUUUAGAACAACUGAGAGGCCUUGCAGCAGACUGUAGGAUUCCACUAAUAGUUUAUCAUCCAGCUUUUAUAUAUUUUGAUCAGUACCUUGUGAUAUCUCAAAACACCAUUCAAAAUGUCCUAAUUGCUGCUGGAGCCAUGUUACUUAUUUCCUUGCUCCUCAUUCCCAACCCUUUGUGCUCAUUGUGGGUAACUUUCACUAUUGCAUCUGUUAUUAUCGGUGUGACUGGCUUCAUGGCCUAUUGGGAUGUCAGUCUUGACUCCAUAUCCAUGAUCAACCUUGUUAUUUGCAUAGGGUUUUCUGUAGACUUUUCUGCUCAUAUUUCUUAUGCCUUUGUUAGCAGCGAGAAACACGGCAUGAAUGACAAGGCAGUGGAUGCUCUAUAUCAUCUUGGUUACCCCAUUAUCCAAGGAGCUGUUUCCACCAUUGUGGGAGUAGCGGUGCUCUCUGUGGCAGCCACGUACAUUUUCAGAACAUUUUUUAAGAUUAUGUUCUUGGUUAUUUUGUUUGGAGCUGCUCAUGGUAUCAUUUUUAUUCCUGUGUUUUUAACCUUCUUUGGCUUUUGUGGAAGACUCUAAAGAUAUUACCAAACGGAUGAGCAACCCUAUAAACAUUCUGCAGGAUAUGUUAUGAAAUUGCCUAAUAUAAACGACUGUUUAAAUAAGAUCCAGCUAGGUUUUUACAGAUAUUCUUGUGCAUUAUUUAGCAAGAUACAUUAGAAAGCUUGAGGUUUUUGCUUUUGGUGGCAGCCAUUAUCAACCAAUCAAAACUGAGUUCUUAACAACCCACCGAGGCGGAUUCCAUUGGCAUAAGAUGCUUAAGUACUGAAUGGGGAUCCAGAAGUUACUUUUUAUGAUCAAAUGUAUUUUCCUGCUUUUUUAAAAAGUAUCAUUUUUUCCCUAAUGAAAUGCCCCUCUUCCCUUGGAAUUUCAUCAUAUUUUCAAUAAGCUGUGCAGGUGCUUUGGUAGCAAUGACUAACACACAUUAUUUAGGUAAGGGAUCCAAAUGCUUUGCCCCUGAGUGUCAAACACACUGCCCGUAAAAAAACCUUUGCAGCAGGAGGUGAUGCCGUACUAUAUUUUAAAACUGUAAAGGAGGAAUACAGUGAACAGUUGGAAUGUAUAAUAAUAAAACAAUAUGAGUGUCUGUUCAUGGUAGGUAUAACUCAUCAGAAAAUGAACCUAGGUGUUUCAAAAGUGAUUACCAGCUUCAGCGUGGUCUUAGGAAUUGCAGUGCCAGAAACGAGGAAUCUGAACAUUGUGGCUCAGAUUAUCUCCAGAACAUACUUGUGCCAUUUGCAGUGGAAGAGACAGUUGAAGCCUCACUAGAAGCCAGGAAGACACAGGGCCACUCUAAACAUUACUUCC